AUGUCUGAGAGCGGAAAAAGAUCGUCGGAUUCUCCGGAAGACCCCUUUGCCAAGAGGAUGAAGUUUGAUGACUUGGAUUUGCGAAUUCCUUCUCCAAUAAUGACUCCAUCAGCAGACCCACAAACAAUACGGUCAAUGGGGUCGGGCGCUUCGACACCAAUACCAUCCUCGAGGCCGACGCCUAUUCCGACUAGUACACAUCCAUCUGUUUCAGCAGCCGGAACGCCACAGCCGGUAGCGGCGACGAUGGCGAUUCCACAAUCACAACAGCAGACAGGGCUGGCAACACAACAACCACAGACAAGACCAGAAACCAAUUCGGACCCAGACAAGCUGUCAGAUGCCAUUGCAGCUGCUGGUGUUGAUCUGAAGGACGAAGAGAACAGGCUUUCAUCUACUUUGCAGCAUCAGAGGCGGACAAAUGUUUCGUCUCUGCUUCACCCCACACAUUUGACGAUCUUCAUGAAUAAGGUGCUAGCUCAGCACGGAGUCAGACAACAAGGCCUCGAGUACGAUACCGAGUUAUUGCAGCUAAUGUCAGCUGCCUGUGAGAAUUUUGUGAGCAGCAUAGUGACCGACUCGAUCAUUUUGUCGCGCCACAGACGUCGUCCCAUUAAGUCCAAGAAGGUCCAGGGCACCGCGCCCAGAUCCGAUGUUUCGAAGGCAUUAAGGGACAUGGCAACCAGACAGAAAGAUUCAGAAGAAAAGCGUGCUCAGAGGAGGAUUGCCCUUGGCGUUGAUGCCUCCGGAGAGGACGUUAAGAAGGUGGGGGCUGAGGAAACGCUACACAGAGCUGCCAACGCCACAGCCGCAAUGAUGACUGCUGGAAAGAAGAAGAAGAAGUACAGUUGGAUGAGCGCAGAAGCAGAUGCCCCAAAAAGUAAUUCCGUCUUGGCAAGAGGAGACAAUGGAAUCCGAUACCGGGAAGCUCGUGAGGAGAAAGAGGUGGUUCUCAGAGACUUAUUGGCUGCUAUGGAAAGCAGAAGAGUUGGCGUGGAUAAGGCAUUGGUAAAAGGAUAUGCUAAGUUGAAGGAUUAG